AAUUCCAAACCCUAAUUUUCUCGUGACACUACCUCCUUUCCUCUUCUUCUUCUUCACCGGUAGGGAUUCAACCGGUGUUCGAAUCUCGGGCUCUUCAUUUCGGGCGUCAGAUAGCCUAAGUAAUGGAUUCAGAUCAAGGAAAGCUCUUUAUCGGCGGGAUUUCGUGGGAAACAGACGAGAAUCUCCUAAGAGAAUACUUCAGCAAUUUCGGAGAGGUUUUGCAGGUUACUGUCAUGCGAGAUAAAGCUACAGGUCGUCCCAGAGGAUUCGGCUUCGUCGCGUUCUCCGAUCCCGCCGUUAUCGAUAGAGUUCUUCAGGACAAGCACCAUAUCGAUAAUAGAGAUGUUGAUGUGAAGAGAGCAAUGUCUAGAGACGAGCAGAGUCCUGGUGGGAGACAAGGGAGUUUUAAUGGUAAUAGGAGUUUUGAUAGUGGAGCUAACGUGAGGACUAAGAAGAUAUUUGUUGGUGGUUUGCCUCCUGCUUUAACGUCAGAUGAGUUUAGGGCUUACUUCGAGACUUACGGCCCUGUGAGUGAUGCAGUCAUUAUGAUUGACCAGGCUACACAACGUCCUAGAGGGUUUGGGUUUGUUUCAUUCGACUCUGAAGAUUCGGUUGACCUUGUUUUACACAAGACUUACCACGAUUUGAGCGGUAAACAAGUGGAAGUUAAGAGAGCUCUUCCUAAAGAUGCUAAUCCUGGAUUAACCGGAGGUGGUGGUCGCGGUAGUAGUGGUUUCCCGGGAUAUGGUGGUUCUGGUGGAGGUGGUGGGUAUGAGGGUCGUGUUGAUUCCAAUAGAUAUAUGCAGCCUCAAAACACUGGAAGUGGUUAUCCUCCUUACGGUGCUUCUGGAUAUGGUACUGGUUAUGGUUAUGGAAGCAACGGUGGAGGUUAUGGAGGUUUUGGAGGGUAUGGGAAUCCAUCUGGUGCGGCUUAUGGGAAUCCUGGUGGCCCUGGAGCUGGGUUUGGAAGUGGUCCGAGACCUUCAUGGGAAGGUCAAGGAGCACCAUCAGGUUACGGUAACAACGUGGGAUAUGGAAAUGCUGCUCCUUGGGGCGGGUCUGGUCCAGGUUCAGCAGUAAUGGGUCAAGGAGGUGCAGCUGCUGGUUAUGGCAGUCAGGGAUAUGGCUACGGUGGAAAUGAGUCCUCUUAUGGAACUCAAUCUGGUUAUGGUGCAGUCGGUGGGCGGCCUAACAGCCAUGGCGUUGGUGGUUAUGCUGAUGUUUCAGAUGGGUCUGGAGGAUAUGGGAAUCCCCUAGGGAAUGGGCAAGCUGGAUAUGGCGGAGGUUAUGGUAGACAAGCUCAACAACAGUGAUUGGUGGAAUCAAGACUACUACAAUGAUGGUGGUUUUGUUUCCUGACCUUUGAAACAUCCUCUCUCCGCUGUACUGCUGCGGUUUAGCAAGGAGGUCGACAUGCGCUGGAUUAUCUAUUUUGUUAGUUUCUUAAUAAGUUGUUUUCAGUAUUUCCUAUGAAGUUGUAGUUUUUGAAGUUUGCGUGCUUAUUUAUUAUUUGUGUGUUUAACAAUAACUCCUCCAUAUUAUCAUU